CAAGGACCAUAAUUUGACGCAACAUCUACAAUCGUCUCUCUCUUUCUGGAAUAAACACAUACGACUUAUUUUGCGAACAAAAAUCACCGCUGUUUUUUUUUUUUCGGCCAGUUUAGAAAACUAAAGGAUAUAAGAACGUGUGCAAGUCUUUUUGCGAAAAGUGUGUCUUACUAAGACAGGAGAUACAGGCAUUUCAAUGACAGUCACAAACUAAGGAACUUAAGAGGAUAUUUACUUUAUUUCAGUGAAGAAAUUUUAUUAUUGGAUAUAUAUACUCAAAAUGACCAUCAAUAAGGGAAAACAUGUCUUAUUUUUUAUUGUGAUACUAGUUUCAUUUUCUAAAGGACAGGACCAAGUGACGGACACCAGUCUGAUUCCUGACAUGCCUGCAUUUCCAGGCGAUCCACCGCCAGCGGGUGACCCUUUUGAUGUACCUUUGGUUGCUACAAACACCAAUGAAGAAGUUUUACUGGGAGACACACCAGCCAUUGACUCAGUUUCUGAUCCUAUUUCCCAACCCAUAGCCUCAGAUGUUGCUGAUGUUGUGACCAAUGAGCCGAUAACCGUUACACAAAGAGUUGUUACAGACCUUCCUCCAAUGGAUGGGACCACGACUUCGACGGAACCUGGAACAGGUGAUAUCGUAACCGAUCCUCCUGGUGUCAUUGACACAAAUUUGAUAGAAUCUGGACCGGAGGUCAUAUCUGUAGGAGAUGGCGGGCUGGCUACCGAUAAUAUUCCUGGCAACGUAGCUGUGGACUCAACUGUUCCUGUCACAACAGUGGAUUCUAAUUUUGACAUUAACGGCACGUUUGAUGGAAGAAAUGAUAUGCUUUUACUCACUGGUUCAAAACCAACAAACGACUCAUUGCUUGCUGCUGCAAAAGAAGCAUCUCUUGCAGAGGAGGUGACUACAAGUCUCCCUACACAAGUUCCUGAUGUAAUAGACACAGUAACUGAACAACAAAUCCCAGUGGAAGGCGAAGUGACUCAAAAUGCUAACGAUUUAGUCAACUUGAAUACAACUGACAAUAUCGGUACAAAUAUUGAUGCUCAAAAUCGACAAAUAAGCAUCACAACCCCCAUAAGCGAUCCAAGUGCUGUCGAUCAAGGAAUACCUUCUGAGGUAUUAAACGUACCAGAUGUAACUGAUUUCCCUAAUUUACCUGAAGCCACUGAUAGAAUGUUAGAAGCAUCUACUACUGAGACGUCACAAAGCACAGCGGACAUGAGGGCUGAUUACGAACAGGCAACAAAGGAAUAUGAAACUUUUCUACAAGAAAAUCCAAACACAACUUUCACAGGCCCUCCAGCUCCACCUCCACAAAAUGAAAUUUCUUCUGUCCUUCCCCCAAUAGACAACACACCUGUUAUUCCUCCAGGACCUAUCCCACCUGUCCCUCCUCCCAACCAAGGCCUAGAACCAAUGGUUACUCAAGAAAUGGUUUCCACAGUCCCAACUGCUAUUGAAGACGCACGACCUGUAGUUCCUAGGGAACCUGUCCCUCCAGUUCUACCUCCAAUAGAAGAUAGUCUUCCAGGGCAGAUCUCUCCAUCCGAGAUUGAGACAUCAUUUACAACACAAUCCACUCUACUUACAACAAGAGAAAUUACAACUAGAGGCAUUGAAAUGACUGUUCAACCUGAUAUUUCUGCAGGAGGAACAGAUACUGUGACAGAGGUGCGAUCUAUCCCAGUUUCUUCCACUAGAUCCCCUGAAACAAACACACGAAGGCCUACAAUUACUCGCAAUAGGUUGAGAGGAAUUUCCGCUGCUAUACCACCUCCUCCUCCACCACCUUCAGAUGUAUAUAAGACUGACUUUGGUGAAAAUGUUAACCAAAAAUCAAAGACUUUCCAAUACAAACCAGUUAUUCCAGAAAGAGAAGCCUCAGGUGGUACCAACGUAGUAGAUAUAAAGACUAUUCCUGACAGAAACUCUGGAACAGCCAACGCAUACCCCUUUGCGAUUGACCAACAAAGAAAUCGCCCAAGAGAAACUGCCACAAGACAAAGAGAUCGUGGCAUGUCACUCAUUCAAUAUCAAUUUAAUAAUCGAAAUACACAAAGAGCUGGUAGGCGAUCUGAAAUACGAGACAACAGAACUGGAACAAGAGCAAGAGAUCUUAGUCAAAAUCAAAAUUCAAACAGCUUUGAUGCUCUCCUCGAUAAGAAUAAGAAAUUUGUUGCAAGAUUCGACCAACCAGGAAUGCCAUUUUAUCAGAGGGCUUCCGGAGGACAAUCCGACAACGCAUUCUUUUAUUCUCAACCUAUCAACUCAAAGCCGUUUUACCAAGGUCAGAGAUCUGUGGAAGAAAGAGCAUUUUCUGACUCUAGUGACACAAUGCCGCCGAUACUUGUUAAAGAAUAUAACCCUAGAUCCAGUCGUCAAAACACAGUACCAAGAACACAGAGCACUUCUAGACCUGUCGCUGCAAGAUUUAAUCCCAGAAACAUUGGAGAUUCACAGCCUUUAAGAACUAAUGCACAGUCCUUUAAAAACAAAAUGGACAAUAGUUAUGAAAUGUGGUAUCAAAUUAUGGGAAAUGAAUGGGAAAAAAAUCGAAACAGAUAUAGACAAUCCGAAGGUAGUUCAUCCCCAAAUCGUAGAAACAUGGGAGUAAGGGUGUUGAAUACAUUUUGGUCUCGUUCAAGUUCCGAUAGCAGGAAUGGAAGAACGCCAGCGAAAAAUAAUAAUAUAAUAUCCAGCAUUAACCAACCUUCUACAGAACAAAGAGAAAAUCCUGCAAAAGGAUCACAAUUUUCAAAUCGGAGAGAUAAUUCUUUCGCCUUUGGCCCCCAGAAUCAAGGAUCUCAAUCUAGAAACGUUGUGUCUGCAAAUGAAGCACAAAGACCAAAUCAGAAAGCUAAUUCUUUUGAGUUUGAACCACAGCUUCAAAGAUUCCAAUCUUCUGGUCCAUUUAGAAUGAAAAUUAAAGAAUACACAAUAACCAGGGACCCAAAUCUUGUAAGUACUACGGAGGCGCGAUUAAAUCUUCGUGUUCCAACGAUUUCAAGACCACUUGAACCAGAACUAAGGCCAAACUCAUUUUCUCAAAACAAUCCCCCUCCAAUUAAUAUCGGUAGUGAUAUUUCUGAAUUAGAGUUCCAAACUUUUAUAACAACUACUGAAAGACCAACAACACUACCACAACCUUCAGUUGCUUCUGGUUUUAGAAACAGACAACGCUCGGUAUCAACCACAGGUGUCAGAAACAGGAAUUUAAGCAGAAACAGAUCGUCUAAUGACAAUCUCGAUCUACCACCACCGCCAAUGAUUUCUAGACGAAGAAGGUUAAAUCCUUCUAUAGAGGAUGGUACUCCUAUGAACCCCCCUGGAAAUCGAUUGAAUGAAUUGAGACCGACAACGGUCAUAGUCCCAUCGAUACAAAGUGAAAGGAAUGUUCCACUUGUUAAGUCAAUACCAAAUGCAGUUCCAUACGUACCAGAAAUGCGAACGCCGAGAAGAACAGACAGAAGACUCUCUGCUUUACCGCGACCUCCAGCAAUAAAUGUGGGCUCUUCUUCUGGAGGAGAAUUAUCUAACGUGGGCAACGGCCAAAAUCCAAUGCCCAUUCGGAACGCUCAACCACUGCAACAAACCACACCCUUUAGUUUUACACAAGCACCAGAACUAACACCUGUGCCCCCUUUGUUUUCUGUCAAUAGGACUUUGGUCAUGAAGCUCCAGAAUGAUUCGGUUACUAAGGAGGAACUUCCUCCGAGUGUGUGCCAUCAAUGCCACUAUGUCAGUGACGUAUGUUACCUAAGUGAAGCUGGAAUUUGUAAUAGAUUUGUAGAAUGUCACAAAAAUGGUGAUCAAGUAAGAGCGUUUGAAAAAGAAUGUGCGAUUGGAAACUUCUGGAACCCAGAAACUCUUGCCUGCCAGAAAUCCCUUUAUGUCAAUUGUCCAUCUGACCCUUGCAAGAAUCCAGCUGUGAAGACUCAUCCAUUCUUGGGACGAUGUCGAUAUUUUUGGAAAUGUAAUCGGGGGAUGUCAGAGUUUGAAUUAUGCAGUCCAAAUUAUCGAUACGAUGGGAUUACAGAAACCUGUGUCCCAGACUUAACUUGCAAAGACAAUGACCUACCCAGUGAAUUAGGUCCACAACAAGAAAAGAAACCCGAGAAGUGCAUUUGGACAGCUGUACAAGGCUCUCUAACCUCGUUUACUGACGGAUUUAGACAACAAGAAUGUGCGCCUGGAACUCGCUUUGAUGAGGUUCAGUGCACAUGUGUCAGGAGUAACAUACAGCCGCCAGGAGAAGUUUGUAAUCCUGAUACGUUGAUUGACUUUGAGGGAGAUGAACCGGCAGCAUUUACCGACAAGUCCGGCCAUAUGAAUGGAAUGGGCAAGGAAGGUGUGAUUUUAAAAGAUGGCACUGGUUUCUUCUUUGGACGUGGAAAGCUUUCUUUUUGGCGUUAUGCCAAUGUGGAACUUGGUCCUUUACUGGCCAUUCAGAUUCGCUUCUUUCCUUAUGGAUACGCUAAAAAUCCUAUGGGACUUGUAUCCAACUGUAAUGGGUCUCCAAUAGGAUCUACUGUUGAUAUUCGACUUGAUACAAGAACAAAAACAGCGGCCUUUAAAUUGAGUACCAAUCAACAAGUAAAUAAUGUCAUCAAGCUGCCUUAUGAGCCCUUUCAAUGGAAUACAGCUACUUAUGUCUAUGCUGGAGACACUUUUACUGCAAGCAUUAAUGACAAAAAAGAAACCAUACCAGUGGAAGGUUCGAUUCCCAAUAGACACCCCGCUAUUCAAGUUGGGGGUUGUAAUAGAGAGGAUGGGUUCAGAGGUUAUGCUGAUGAUAUUAAAAUUUACAAUGGAUGUAUCCCAGAAGAAUUUGAGUACAUAAUCUUCACAUGAUGACCAGUGGUACCUCUAACAAGAAAUCCAUCAAGCAGUCGGUAAAUCCCUAAAAACAAGACAUUUAACUUUGGUACUGACAUAUCCCUAUACAACAAUGAACAUCGUGACAAAUUUACACAUUCCCUCGUGUUAUGACUUGUCAUAUCUGACGGCGGUGAAUAUUUAUGGCACCGGGAAUUAACCGAAGAUUUUGAGACACGCCUAAGUAAGGUCUUCUGAAUAUAAAUGAGACCAAUUGAGAAACUCACAGAAUAAAGAAUACGUGAUAAGGCGUAUUUGGAACGGACUUGGUGCAGCGGCGCACUGAAAUGACAUGUAUACAUUGGUAAUAUUGUGCGAGACCUUUACCACACAUAGCAUAUCUCAUAUUAGAACUUAUAAUUUAUUGUCCAUUACUUUUGAAAUAUUCCAAUUAUACAAAACCUCAUGAAUGUUUAAUAUUGUUAUUUUUGUCACAAUUUUUAUUUUGUGAUAAUAAUUGUGUCAAACACAUUAUUUCCAUAUAUUUUCAUUCGUUGGCAUGUUACAUGAUGAACUGAAAUGUAAUGCAUCAUUUAUAACUUAUUUAUUUAUCAUAUAUCUACGUUCUACUACAGCCUUAUGAUUAUAUCUGUACAUACCAUGUAUGAGCGGCGGAAAUGGAGUCAAUUUCAAUUUAGUGAUGGCUGUAAUUGAUAUCUGUGUGUUUGAGUUCUCAGUAUAGAUAUAUUUUUUGGACAUAUAUUUCUGUUAUUUUCCGUGAUGAAAGAUGACAUGUCUGUAUGUUGCAAAAAAUAAAGUUAAUGAUAUGUAGAUUAUUAAAGAAAAGACACAAA